GAAUCACCAGCAGAAGAGAACUCCAACCAAGAACUUCUCUCCUCUGAGGUUAAUCAGAUAUCAGCAGCAUGGGUGCAGGCGGUCGGAUGUUGGAUUCAUCUGAAGGCAAAGAUAUUCUCAAUCGUGUUCCUGUCGAUCCUCCCUUCACCUUAAGUGAUCUAAAGAAAGCAAUCCCGGCUCAUUGCUUCGAACGAUCUCUCAUCCGUUCAUCUUACUAUGUUGUUCAUGAUCUCAUUGUUGCCUACGUCUUUUACUUCCUUGCCAACACAUAUAUUCCUCUUCUUCCUACUCCUCUAGCUUUCCUAGCCUGGCCCAUUUACUGGUUUUGCCAAGCUAGCAUCUGCACUGGCUURUGGGUCAUCGGUCAYGAAUGUGGUCACCAUGCCUUCAGUGAGCAGCAGUGGAUUGGUGACAUUGUUGGAUUCAUCCUCCAUUCUGCUCUCUUUACCCCUUAUUUCUCUUGGAAAUACAGCCAUCGAAAUCACCAUGCCAACACAAAUUCGCUCGAUAAUGAUGARGUUUACAUUCCUAAACGUAAGUCCAAGGUCAGGAAUUAUUCAAAACUUCUCAACAACCCACCUGGUCGAGUCUUCACCUUGGUGUUUAGGUUGACCCUAGGAUUUCCUUUAUACCUCUUGACUAAUAUUUCUGGCAAGAAAUAUGGAAGGUUUGCCAACCACUUUGAUCCAAUGAGUCCUAUUUUCACUGAGCGUGAACGAAUUCAGGUUCUGAUAUCUGAUCUUGGUCUUCUUGCCGUUUUUUACGCAAUCAAGCUUGCUGUAGCAGCAAAAGGAGCUGCUUGGGUAAUUUGCAUGUAUGGAAUUCCGGUGGUAGGCGUACAUGUUUUCUUCGUUUUGAUCACUUAUCUGCAUCACACCCAUCUCUCUUUGCCUCAUUACGAUUCAACUGAAUGGAACUGGAUCAGAGGAGCCUUAUCGACAAUCGACAGGGACUUUGGAUUCCUAAACAGGGUUUUUCAUGACGUUACACACACUCACGURUUGCAUCAUUUGAUCUCAUACAUUCCACAUUAUCAUGCYAAGGAGGCAAGRGAUGCAAUCAAGCCUGUUUUGGGCGARUAUUAUAAGAUCGACAGGACUCCAAUUUUCAAAGCAAUGUGGAGGGAGGCCAAAGAAUGCAUCUACAUUGAACCGGAUCAAGAUAGCGAGCACAAGGGUACAUACUGGUACCAUAAAGUACUGUGAGCAGUGGAUGCGAUGCAACUAAUUGUUUGCUUAAACUGUUCAACUUUGUUUUGGUGUAAUAAAUUAUCCCGAUGGAGUUUACGGGUUGUACUUGUCUCGACGUAUAUAUUGCUAUCAGGUGGCAUGCAUGUAUGAAUUUGCUUCCAUAUAUAUGUAAUCUUCUAGGAGUAUUCAUAUCCCUCCAAAGUUAAUGUAUUAUAUGCAAUUACGAUAAGUGGUACCAAA